AACAAUAUAAAUCGGCGCCACAUUCUACAACGGUGGGAAAAAGUUGCACUAGAGCUCAAACGUGGCGUCCUGUUGCGUGAUUUCCCGCAGCCGACUUCAGGAAAACCCAGCGUCUCCAUCCACGGACAGCAGUCCUGAGCGCAACAGCCUCCAGCGCUGCGCUGCGUUUGAAGACAUCCGUGGAGGAGAAACGUCCCCAACAGGAAUUUAAACUUGUGUUUAUAUUUGAGAGCCGCUUGUUGCGCUGGAGUCAAAAAAUGAAGGUUUUUCUUCUGCUCUGCCUGUUUUGUGGAUUGUAUGGUGCGUUCGCAAAAGUCUCUGCAGACAUACAUUCAAAAAAGAAGUUCAGCGUUCCUCUCCUGAAUGUGACGAGUCAUCAGCUGGUUCUGGAGGCCAAUCAGACGCUGCAGCUCAACUGCAGGGGCCGCUGGGAGCUGUCCUGGGCAUUUCCUGCCAGCUUGAACAGAAGUCAGGUGGAAGUGAAUGAAUCCCGCUGUGGAAGGACGAGCCAGCACUACUGCAGCAGCCUGCGUGUGAGCCACGCCCAGGCCCAUCACACCGGCUCGUACCACUGCCGGUACAAGCCCUGGACUCGAAAGCAGAGAUCCAUUUAUGUCUAUGUCACAGACAGCCAGCAGCCAUUUGUGGAAGACACGGGAUUGAGACCAGAUGUGUUGUUCAUGAAGGUGAAGGAGCCGCUGCUUAUCCCCUGCAGGGUCACCGACCCCAAAAUCACCGCCGCACUGGUCAAGCUUUACACCCAGGUCCUGACUCCGGACCAGGAGAGCAUUAUGUGGGACAGCAAGCAGGGUUUUACCAUCAAGGCUCCACUCAUAAACUCCACUGGUCUCUUCCACUGCCGGACUAUCAUUGAUGGUGUUGCAUACAACUCACAAGCUUACUACGUGCACAGACAAGUAAAUGACAUCACAGGUGUGUAUCUGAAUACCAGCGAAUCAGUGCAGACCCUGAAGGGGGAGCAGCUGGUUUUAAACUGCACUGCCACUACAAAGCUCAACACCAGGGUCAACAUCACCUGGGAGUAUCCUGGAAAGACUAACAAAGCCGGCUCCAGCUUCAAAAGGCUGGUGAAACACUCGAUGCACAUGAUGUUCUACAACGUCCUGACCAUCAAGAACCUGCAGCAUUCAGACAGAGGUCUCUACACAUGUCGCGUCACCAGCGGCAAACAGAGCAAACAACAAAAUGUCACGGUGAUGGUCCACGAUCGCCCGUUUAUCCGACUCAAACCCAGAAACGGAUCUGUGAUGGUGGCGCAAGCAGGGCAGAAAUCCUACAAAAUCUCCGCCAAACUGCGAGCGUUCCCCCCACCGGAAGUCAUCUGGUUGAAGGAUGGGAAGGUGGCAACCCGCCAGUGCUCCAGAUACAAAAUGAUCGGGGCUUCCCUGGUCAUCGAGGACGUUGCAGAGGAGGAUGCGGGAAAGUACACCAUUUUUGUGCGAAACCAGAAACACGGGCUCCUCCAGAAUAUUACACUCACUCUUGUGGUAAACGUGAGCCCUCAGAUUGGGGAAAAGGCGGUGUCGUUGCAGGACCCCGGGUCUGUGCCAAAGGGAAGCAGGAAAACCUUGCGUUGCACAUCCCAUGGGGUCCCGCCUCCUCACAUUCAGUGGCGCUGGCAUCGCUGCCCAUCCAAAGGCCUGUGUGUGCGUCCAACAUCCUCUUUGCUGUGGAGCUCUGUGAUCGAGGGUCUCCCUGUUUCAUCUGCAUACAACCCAAUUCAGAGUGUCACACACACACAGGAAGUCCUGCAGGGAAAAAGGAAGACAGUAGGGGUUCUGACUGUUGCCAAGGCCUCAGUGUCUGGUGUUUACCGCUGCAUCGCCUCCAACUCCUUAGGCGAAGAUCAUCUAGACAUCCCCUUCUACGUCACAGACGUCCCUGGAGGUUUUAGCGUGAAUCAAUCAGAGGACGCCAGAGAGGGCGGAGACCUCAAUCUCACCUGUUCAGCAAGCAGGUACCUUUACACGACGUUGUCAUGGCAACGGGUUAACAGCACUGGGGAAUCCCACACUACUGGCUUGAACAUUCGUCAGUACUCUCUGGGGGAGUUCUCCAACUUCCUUGUCCUGUUGCUAAGCAACCUGACCACCGGUGACUCUGGAGCGUACAGAUGCUCCGCCCACCACAUCAUCACCCAGCAAGAGACACACCUUGACACACAGGUGAUGGUCACAAUUCUGCAGCCUCCCGUGCUAAUCAGCAACUUAACGGACCACACCGUCAACGUCAGCAGCUCGGUGACACUCAGCUGUCCAUCUCGAGGUGUCCCGCCUCCAACUGUCACAUGGUACAAAGAUGAGCGUGCUCUGUUGCACGGAUCAGGUGUUGUUAUAUCUGCAGCAGACGGGAGUCUCGUCAUUGACAGAAUCACGGCAGAAGACCAGGGUUUGUACACGUGUUUGGCCUCUAACGAGAGGGGAUCUGCAGAGAGCUCGGCCUACAUUUGGGUCCAUGGUGCAUCUGAGGUCUCAUUCCUGGAAAUUCCCACCAUAACGUGUACCUGUGUGGUGGCCACGCUCUUCUGGCUCUUGCUGACUCUCCUCAUUCGAAAAUUAAAACAGCCCAAUGUUUCAGCCUCCAAACCAGAGUAUCUGUCAAUCGUGUUGAACACAGGAGAAGGGCCGAUAGAUGAGCAGUGUGAGCGGCUGCAGUACGACCCAAAGCAGUGGGAGUUCCCUCGGGAGCGCCUUAAAUUAGGAAAACUCCUUGGCCGUGGAGCAUUUGGGAAAGUGAUGCAGGCAUCAGCAUCCGGUAUUGACGGCGCUUCCAGCUGCAGGACUGUGGCGGUGAAGAUGCUCAAAGAUGGAGCCACAGCCAUCGAGCACAAGGCUCUAAUGACUGAACUGAAAAUUCUCAACCACAUUGGAAACCAUCUGAAUGUGGUCAACCUCCUGGGAGCCUGUACCAAGGCUGGAGGGCCUCUGAUGGUGAUCGUUGAGUACUGUCGCUAUGGAAACCUCUCGACUUUCCUGAAGAACAAAAGAGAUGUUUAUUUACACAACCAGAGUGAUGGAGACUCAAACGAAGGGCUGAGUUGUGUCAUAAGAACAGAGAUUAGCGACAAAAACUCGAAACACACAGAUCCAAAGGCUGCCUACAUCUCCCCUCUGUUCCUGGAAGACCUGAUUUCCUUCAGCUUCCAGGUGGCCCGUGGGAUGGAGUUUCUGGCCUCGCACAAGUGCAUUCACAGAGAUCUGGCAGCAAGAAACAUACUGUUGACUGAUAACAAGGUGGUGAAGAUCUGCGACUUUGGCCUGGCCAGAGAUAUCUACAGAGACCCGGACUACGUCCGCAAAGGAGACGCUCGUCUCCCUCUGAAGUGGAUGUCUCCCGAGUCCAUCUUUGAUAAAGUGUUCACUACUCAGAGCGACGUGUGGUCGUAUGGCAUACUGUUGUGGGAGAUCUUUUCUUUGGGAGCCUCCCCGUAUCCUGGUCUACACAUAGAUGAGGAGUUUUGUCACCGGCUAAAAAAUGGAACGAGGAUGCGAGCGCCUGAAUACAGCACACCUGAAAUUUACAGCACAAUGUUGGCGUGCUGGGAGGCAAAUCCUUCAGAUCGACCCACAUUCACCAACUUAGUGGAGACACUGGGAGACCUCCUGCAAGCAGAGGUGCAGCAGCAGGAUGGGAAGGACUAUAUUCCUCUGGGGUCGUUUAAGAAUAGCGACAUAAAGAAAGAAAACCCACUAGCUGUCACCAACCUAAGCUACAUGAGGGGAAUGGCCACGCUGCAGACUUUUGAAGAGCUGCCGUGCGAAGAGCUAACUGUUGCUGAUGAUGAGCUGAGCGACAGUGGGAUGGUUCUUCCAUCUGAGGAGCUGAUGAUGAAGACCCAAAACGAGAAACCCAGCAGGUUUUUUUUCUUUUCCAAAUCUCAAGACCACCUGGUCCCCUUCCUGAGUGAUGAUGUUGCAGAUCUCCAUGACGACAAGCCCACGAUGCUGCCAUGUGACUGGGAGUGUGAUGAUGGCAUCUCUCCCCCUCCAGACUACAACUCCGCUUUCCUGUACCCAUCUCUUUAGCUUCUGCUCUCUCCUCACCCUUUAGUAACUUGACACAUUUAUAAUGCAUCAUUUUCAGUCCCUCUGCUGUUAUCGUCUUCUACCUCGUUAGAUCUUUCAUCCAGAAGCUUUAGAGCAGAAGCAGAACGUGCGUUUUACUUUGUAAACUCGUGAUGAUGAAGUUUGGCCCUAGCUGACCUGUGCAGUGUGUGUAAUCAUUUUGGUACCUCCUGCUCAGAGCUUUGUGAAGAGGAUCACUGCUGUAUGACAUAACUGUUCCUCUGACUAUAUGCUGGAAAAAUUCUCUGAACUAUUUUCAGGUUAUAAAAGAUAUAGAUCUGUAUUUAUUGGAAGUUUGUAGUCUAAAUGUUUGCUUUUCAUUGAAUAUUAUCAAAUGGGUUUAGUGCACUACACUAAUAACAGUCGAACAUCAGUAAAAUCUCAUUUAUUACAGUUUCAGGAAGUGAGAUAGUAAGAGAAACAAGGCAAGGGUUAAAGCCACACACCACCGCAUUGCCUCCCUUUGCUCCAAUCCUAGAUGUUGCAUGCAUUACAAAAUAUUUCACACAUAAGGAUCAAAACUAAAUUUCACAUUUCUCAUGGUUUUGGUAAAAGAUGAAGAUAUUCAAGUCUAGCUUUCCUCAUUGCAGGAGCUGAUUUCUUACACAUAGCCUGGUUUAUUUAGAUGUUUCAGUUUGAUGCAUGCACUGAUUAGACUUGCAGUCUAUGCUGGUUAUAUAUUAAUGCCUGUUUUAUUCAGUUUCUGUGUACUGAAGACAAUGGUAGAAAAAAUAAACAGUAAAUUAGAUAUUCAACACUAAAUGAUAUAAAAGGUUGCACAUUGAUAAUAAAUGUGUUCACAUAUUGAUUAAAUAUAUAAUGUAAUUGUUUUUGCAAGAAACUUUGUAAAACUAAUUAUAUUUUUUUUAAAAAAGGAAAAAUUAUCAUGGGUCACUUUUUGGAACUGAGGUAUUUUUUAUGUCGUUUUAUUUUGAAAGAGAACAAGGUUUGCCUUCCUUUCAGGGCAAAACAUCUUAUGUAGUUUUUAGAGCUCAAAACUGAAUAAAUAUGCAUUUUUCAUUCCCAGGCUUCUUUUUAACUUUUAUUUUUAACUUUGAGGGUUUUUUCCCCAGCUGAAUAAAGUUUAAAUAAUUGGCAUUAUUUCAAUAAAAUCGUCCAAUUGCAAAAAAAAAAAAAAAAAAAGACAACAUAAUUUUUCAUUAUUCUUUAUUAAAAUACUGCUGUACACACAAAUAUUGCAAAAUCUGAGACAAGAACACAAGAGGGGCAUAAAACAUACUAAGAUGGUGUUUUGGGUGUGUUGCUGUGAGGAAUGGAGGUCAUCUCUAAUAUUAGCUGGAGUGUGUGUGUGUGAGUGUGUUUGAGUGUAAGUGGAGGGGUUUCUAAAGCACCACAUUCACCAGAUUUGCCUCUUUCACUAAAACAGAGGAAGUAUUACAUGACCUAUCACAUCUCACUGCACACCUGCUCCCCCGUUUCAGCUUCCAUGUUGGUUCCAUGGCUGGAUUCUGGUGUUUGUUUACAAACACCAGAAUCCAGCUGUUGGCGAGCCUGGAUCAGCAUUUUUAUGAGUUUUAUUUGGGGGAUUCUCUUCAUUUUGAGCCAAAUGAAAACAGAUCUGUGCUUCAACAUGAUCUCCACAACGUUUAAAACGUUUUUUUUUCUUCCUUAAACCUCCAUCUGAGCGCAUCCAUCGGCCCACAUGAAGGGAGAAAUGAGGGGCGGCCAAUGACAGCCAAACACAUUCAAUCACUGGGCCCCUCCAGCUUUGUAUUGUUGUCAUCCUGAGAGAAAUCCAAACUAUCUGGGUGGGGGUGAACGCAGCAGCCAGCGCUGUCGCGUCUCCAGUCCGUUUCUGUUCCAUGAUCUUAAAAAGUCAAAUAAAAAAAAUUACAUUGCGUCUCUUCCUGUCCUCGUCCAUCUCCAUUCCCUUCCUCUUCAAACCUAAAACCCCUGCUGGAAUUGGUCCACAGAUUAAUUAUAGAGCAGAAGUGGGGCAAAAUCCAUCUGGCCCCCACAUCCUGCCGCUAAGAAAAGAGAGCAAAAGCAGCUGGUAAAAAGUCAAAAAGUAUCACUUUUUCUCAAAAACAGAGCCCCGGGCUGGGAAAUGAAGAGAAGGAGGGUAAGAGACAGGGACGGGGGACAUUAGGGUGAGAAGACAUGGAAGAGGGGGGACAAAUUCAGGACAUUCCACAAAGAGGCAGCUGUGGCUCCACCACUGAUGAGUUGACCCGUUUGACGUCACAGCAGAGUCCUUUAUGGUGGUGGCUGCAUAUGUAACACUCGGAGAAGACACCCCCACCCCCCAGUCUCGAGUCCAAGCUCCCCCAACCCCUGUGCCACUCACAAAUAUGAGCCUUCUGCACAAAAAUAUCAGGAAUCCGUAUUUUUCCAGUUUUACCCACCCUUCCACUGACCCGAGUGGUGUGUCCUCUCACCGCCAACAAGGCCCAGGUGAGCCGCGAGCCCUGAGUGGUGUAUCCCGAGUGCGUUAGAACGAGAGGCGUGAUCUCCAACCGGCAGAGAAACGUGGUCAACAAAAAGCUGGAUUUCUUUUUUUAUGUUGUUUUUCUUCCUUUAAAUCAUGAAUCAGCUCUGGUAUUUAUGUCCUUGUGUGUGAAUGAAGGACACACACACACACACACACACACACACACACACACACACACACACACACACACACACACA